AUGAAGCUCUUGUCUGUUUGGGCUGUGGCAGCCCUAGCAGCUCAGGCUGCUGGCGCUGCUAUCACUCAUAAGCUGAAUGGGUUGACCAUUACAGACCAUCCGGACCCCGCAAAGCGGGCUCUUCUCCAGAAAUAUGUCACUUGGGAUGAGAACUCGCUGUUCAUCAAUGGCGAGCGACUCAUGCUCUUUAGCGGAGAAUUUCACCCAUUCCGGUUGCCUGUUCCCACCCUAUGGAUUGAUGUUUUCCAAAAGGUCAAGGCCCUCGGAUUCAAUUGCGUUUCAUUCUACGUUGAUUGGGCUCUUUUGGAGGGCAAGCCUGGUCAAUAUCGUGCCGACGGGAUCUUCGAUCUGGACAAAUUUUUCGAUGCCGCCACUGAAGCCGGCAUUUACUUGUUGGCUCGUCCUGGUCCUUAUAUCAACGCUGAAGCAUCUGGUGGUGGUUUCCCAGGCUGGCUGCAACGGGUUAAUGGCACUCUGCGUACCACUGCCCCGGCAUACCUGAAUGCAACCAACAACUAUAUGGCUAAUGUUGCAGGCACUAUUGCCAAAGCCCAAAUUACCAAUGGUGGUCCCAUCAUUCUCUACCAGCCCGAGAAUGAGUAUUCGGGGGCUUGCUGUUAUGAUACCGAUUUCCCCGAUGGAAAUUACAUGCAAUACGUUGAAGACCAAGCUCGCAACGCUGGUGUCAUUAUUCCAUUGAUGAACAACGACGCAGGAGCCGAGGGACAUAAUGCCCCAGGUACUGGAGUAGGAGAGGUAGAUAUCUACGGACACGAUAGCUAUCCUCUUGGCUUUGACUGUGCUAGCCCGUAUACCUGGCCCAGUGGUGACCUGCCCACAAACUUUUAUACUCUGCAUAUGGAACAAAGCCCAACAACACCAUACGCCCUCGUCGAGUUCCAAGGUGGAUCCUUUGAUCCCUGGGGAGGAAGUGGCUACUACAACUGUUCUGAGCUUCUGAACUAUGAGUUUGAAAGAGUGUUUUACAAGAACAACUUCAGCUUCCGCGUUGCUUUCCUGAACCUUUAUAUGAUCUUCGGUGGUACUAACUGGGGCAACCUGGGCCACCCAGGUGGCUACACAUCUUAUGAUUACGGAUCUGCCAUUACUGAGUCUCGCAACAUUACCCGUCAAAAGUACAGCGAGCUCAAGUUGCUUGGAAACUUCCAAAAGGUUACUUCGGCUUACUCGACAAACUCGGAUAUUGCUGUCACUCCUCUCAUUGGAAGCAAUGGCUCGGAUACUUCAUUCUACGUCGUCCGACACAAUGACUAUUCCAGCCAAACCUCUGCCGAUUACAAGCUCACGGUCUCUACAAGUGCUGGUGACCUGACCAUUCCUCAGCUUAGUGGAAGCCUUACUCUUGGUAGUCGUGACUCGAAGAUUCAUGUCGUGGACUAUGACGUCGCAGGUACCAACAUCCUGUACUCCACCGGUGAAGUUUUUAGCUGGAAGUCUUUUGCCAGCGGCAAGGUUCUCGUUCUCUAUGGUGAUGUUGGCGAGCACCACGAACUUGCAGUUUCCGGUGCAUCCAGUGCUACCGUGGUCGAGGGCUCGUCAUCUGGAAUCACUUCUAAGAAGGUCGGCAGUGCAAUUGUUGUCGGUUGGGAUGUUUCCGCCACUCGCCGCAUCGUCAAGAUUGGUGACCUGCAGGUUCUCCUUCUAGAUCGAUACUCCGCCUACAAUUACUGGACUCCAGAAGUUCCCACUUCAGGCACAACUCCAGGAUACAGCUCGCAGGCUACCACCAACUCCUCUAUCAUUGUCAAUGCCGGUUAUCUCGUGCGAACUGCAUACCUGUCUGGCACUGAGCUCCAUCUUACUGCUGAUUUCAACAAAACCACUACUGUUGAGGUCUUCGGAGCUCCAUCCAAAGCUAAGACUCUCUACAUCAACGGCGAGAAGACCGCUGUCACAGUCGAUAAGAAUGGUAUCUGGUCAACAAGUGUUAAAUAUACCAAGCCAACCGUUUCCCUGCCAUCGCUGAAGAGCCUGAGCUGGAAGUACAUUGACACGCUCCCUGAGAUUCAGAACUCCUACGAUGACUCCGCUUGGCCCAAGGCUGACCACGCAUACACCAAUAACAGCGUUAACCCGCUCAAUACGCCUACUUCCCUGUACUCGUCUGAUUAUGGUUUCCACACUGGUUACCUCCUCUGGCGCGGUCACUUUGUUGCUACAGGAAGUGAGUCGUCGUUCUUUGCGUACCUUCAAGGUGGCGAGGCCUUUGGUGCCUCUAUCUGGCUCAAUGAGACCUACCUCGGUUCCUGGACUGGAGAAGGCGCCACAGAGGUCUACAAUGUCACUUACUCGCUUCCAACCUUGACCGCUGGCAAGAACUACGUACUCACAGUUGUGAUUGAUAACAUGGGUCUGGACGAAGACUGGACUGUCGGCAGCGAAUACAUGAAAGAUCCUCGCGGUCUUAUGGACUACACCCUAUCAGGCCGAGAUGCCGAUGCAAUCACCUGGAAGCUGACAGGUAAUCUGGGCGGCGAAGACUACCAAGAUGUUGUGCGUGGUCCUCUGAAUGAGGGUGGACUGUAUGCAGAGCGCCAAGGUUACCACCAGCCUGAUCCUCCAAGUGGUAGCUGGAAAUCUAGCAGCCCGCUUACUGGUCUUUCCAAGCCUGGAAUUGGUUUCUACACUACAAGCUUUGAUCUCAACCUGCCCGAAGGCUAUGACAUCCCACUUUACAUUAGCUUGAAGAACUCGACAUCCCCGAGUGACUACCGAGUCCAGCUUUAUGUCAACGGAUACCAGUACGGUAAAUACGUCAACAAUAUUGGUCCCCAGACAGACUACCCUGUUCCCCAGGGCAUUUUCAAUUACCAAGGCACAAACUGGAUCGCUGUUUCCUUGUGGGCACAGCAGGAGGGUGGUGCUAAGCUGGAUGACCUUGAGCUUAUCUACGAGCUUCCGGUUCUCACUGCUUUGAGUGGUAUUGAGUCUGUAGACCAGCCCAAGUGGCAGAAGCGUGCUGGUGCUUAUUGA